UGUGCCUGUAUCAAUCACAAUGUCAGCUAAUCUAGCACCAGUAUCAGUCGGUCUGCUAAUAGUUUUUGCAAGUAUCAUUUUCUAUUACAUACGUAGACGAACGGCAAGAAUCAUUGAUGAAGCAAAAGAGAAAUAUGGACCAGGCACCGAACCCUGCGCUCCCGGGGAUUAUAUGUGGAAGCUAGAUACUGAGUACAAUAAGUGCAUGAUCAGUGCCGCAAUGUUGGUUCGUAAUGGAACGCUCGAAGAUGUCAACGCUGUCACAGAGAAGCUGAUCCAGAACCCAUGGUUUAGACGAUUUACCGACCGUUUGGCUUUGUACGAGGACCAGCCUUUUUGGGUGAAGGAUACUAAUUUCAAGAAAGAAAAUCAUGUGCACCGGGUUCUACUCGAAGAUUCUGAGAAGCCAACCAAUAGUACUGAAUUGAAGGAAUGGAUUGGACGAUCAAUCGUAGCUGAUCUCCCCAUAGACCGCCCGUUGUGGAAAAUGGUAAUCCUUGAGAACUACGAGAAGUGCAACGACGGCUCCGGCGACAGUAUGUCAUGCGUUCUCCUGAUGGCGCAUCAUGUUGUGGGCGAUGGUGUUGCAUUCAGCUACAUGAUGAUGUCCAUGUUGGAGACCAAAUCUCAAGUGUCGAACGAUAUCAAGGUAGAGAAAAAAAAGCAGGUAGCUCCAAACAAGGCACCGAUGAAGCCACGUCAGCAACCCGCAUGGCUUACCUGGUUGUUCGUUGCUUUGUACACAAUUCCAAUCGUCGGGAAAAUCUUAUUCGCCAAGGCAGACGUUAACCCCUUCAAAACACAAAAUGUGACCGGCAGAAAGGUCGUGGGUAUGUUAGACACUCCUAUUCAAAUGGUCAGAUUCAACGCUGUUCGCAAAAAGCUAGGCAUGUCUGUGAACGAUGUUUUCAUGGGAAUAGUCAGUUGUGCUCUCCAGCGAUUGUUUGCGCGUAUCGAACCAAAUAAUGAUGUGAAGAGUAUCAAAGCCGCUAUGAUGGUCAAUAUGCGAAGCAACCCCUACGCCGCCAAAAUGGAGAAUCAAUUCGCUACACCGAUAUUUGACAUGGAUGUAACCAACUCUGAUCCGCUGGUAGCUUGCAAGAAGAUGGUGCCAGUGAUGAAUACAUUUAAAACAGUACCCAUCGCGAAAGUUUUUUUCACAUCCAUUGCACUCGUAGCGGACUUGCUCCCUUACAUGUUUAAUCGGACCCUCCUGGACUACCUAGCCAGCAAAGCAUCGUGUGUUUUAAGUAAUGUACCCGGCCCUUCAGAGCCUAUGUUUUUCAAUGGAAAAUUACUUGAGAGAAUAGCAGCAUGGUCCCCUCAGCGGAAAAGUGUUUCGUUCGGUAUGACAAUGUACACCAUCGGCGGGAAUGUAAAUGUUGGCGCAAUAAUGGAUACAGGAGCCGCAGACAAGGCACAGGCACUUGUGGACGAGUUUGUUGCUGUGUUUGAUGAGCUUGAGAUUGCAUUGGAACUAGACGGCGCAAAGCUUUAAAUUGUAGCUGCCUGCUAUUUAAAUUUUGGUUGAAGAACAUAUAAAGCUAGCUGCAAGUUGGACCACAUUUCAAGAAUAUACGCAGAUUGGGGAUAGAGGAGCGUUCCGACAACUUCCAUUACGUAAAGUUAUCAUUUUUCAAUCCGAUCGAAAUAGGAGACCGCGCACAUGUAUUCCCGCUGAGAAAACGAGAAUCCCUCGCUAGCGGAUAACAUGCGCCAAUUUUUUUGUCAGCGUGGUUUGAUAUUGUACAGAAACCGUGUUAUGACUAGUAUCUAUAAGGAAUUGUAUUACGUUGUAUAUAUCUAUGACUAUUGUGUGCAGCUAUUGAUAUCGAAAGCUCCAUAAUAGUCGCCAAGUAUAUCGCUACCUACUGUUGGACCACGUGAUUACGGAGUACAGUACAAAGUCGAGUGUUUGCAUAGGAACACAUAUUCUGUUGGAUAUGAACAGUUCUGGCGAUACGGGCUAAAUUUUAGUUGUUGAAUGAGAUGGUGCGAGUAAAGGUAUUUAUGGAGGGCACGUCAGCCGUAUAUUUUGUACGUGUAAAACCGAAGCACAAUAGUUGUCGUCGUCAUAGCUAAUAUCAGGGUCAACCCAUUCACGUAACUUGCACAUAAUAAAGUUCAAUUUGUGACAGGUCACGAAGUGUUUAUAUAAAAAAGAGUCGAUAUUAAUAUUGGCC